GAUCGUCACAACAUCAGUCCACGUCAGAGUCUACCACUGCUCUCUUCGUUAAUUUUAGUAUACGUUCCACUACCGUCUAGCUCACAAAGACGAUAGUUUGCUCACGAGAUAAUGAGAUCGGGCCAAGAACAUCGAAUGUCACAACAUUGAAGAGGCAACCCGCAUGCUAAGAUAAUAUCAGCUGACAGCUGACACUUCAAGAUUUUAUCUCGUGCAUCAGCAGUUCGAUGAUGACGCGAAUCUAUCUUCUUGUAGCUCUAGUCUUCUAUUGCGUUUCGAAUUCUGCACUAAGCGAGCCAUCUUUACAGACGCGAGCUUCUCUCCGUAGAACGACUUGGCUGAUGCAGGGCGACACAUUCACCGACGAGGAGGCGACGUCCAGGCUCAUCCAGCUGGACAGCCACAAGUCGUAUUUUCCGGUGAGCACCAGAGCGGAAAUAUACUACGCGGCACAACCGGGCAAGCUCAUCAGCUGCGUGAUCGCCGCGUCCGUUCAUCAGAACGGUCAUGUGAGCGUCGUGGAGGGUGGCUACGGAACCAAGAAGGUCCGGAUACGUUACAUGACGGAGAACGGCAGGCCGGAUGUCUUCUUCGUCCUCGUGCAAGCCGCGAAGAGAGAGUCGGUACACGUCGAAGAGGACGUCGCGUGGAGUACGAGAUUGGGCAUCGCCUACGAACCCAUGAAGAACUGGACUCUUGCAGAAAUACAAGAUGCUUUGCGCAAUGUCUCUUCUUCUCAGUUUCCUCCUUCGUAACAUGUCGAUUUGUAUCUUUUUUUUUAUAGAAUAAUAAUUUUAUGUUUUCUUUAUAGAAUAAUCAUUGUAAAAAUAGCCGAAGAAAAUUUAAUUUUGCAAAUUUAAUAAAUAAAUUCAGUAUCCUAAUUCUUAAAAUGCGGGC